AUGCGGAGCAGGACAAGCUGGCUCCAUCUAUCACCUCAGCAAGGCGGCGCGCAUGCUAACCCGGUUUUCUCCACCAGAGCGCAAGUCUCUCAGGAGUGCAUAACGGCCUACAACGAGCUCAAGCUCUCCAAGAAGUACAAGUACAUCAUCUACAAGCUUUCGGACGACAACAAGGAGAUCGUCGUCGAGGAGGCCUCGGCCGAUAAGGACUAUGACAACUUCCGCGAGAAGCUGAUCAACGCCCAGACCAAGUCCAAGAGCGGUGCUGUUGGCAAGGGCCCCCGCUACGCCGUCUACGACUUCGAGUACAGCCUUGCCUCUGGCGAGGGUGAGCGCAACAAGAUCACCUUCCUCGCCUGGUCCCCCGAUGAUGCCGGUGUCAUGGCCAAGAUGGUUUACGCCUCCUCCAAGGAGGCCCUGAAGCGCUCGCUCACUGGUAUUGCGACCGAGCUCCAGGCCAACGAUGCCGACGACAUCGAGUACGACUCCAUUCUCAAGACCGUCAGCAAGGGCAUGGCUGGUUAAAUGUCUCUUUCCCUCUCAAACACACCCAUACCCUUCCUUGCGCGGUGAGACGGAGCAAUACACUUUGGCGGCUGCAGUCUUCCGGGACGAUUGACGACGAUCAUGGAGAGUUUACGAUGAAUAUGGAGGGCCACUUUCUCCCCCUGGCGAUUUCGGGACCCAGACCUUUUUCCCACUCCGA